AUGAAAUACAUGAGCACUGCUUAAAUCUGCUAUAUUGGAUAUAAUGUUUACAAUGGAUAGGAAAUUAAAACAAAGUUUGAAAAAGAAGCUUAGAUUGUUCAUGUACCCAUCAUAAAGAAAAAGACUUAUUAAGUGAUUGAUAUAAACUUGGAGGGUUAAACACAAUAUUUGAUUAUGAUGGACUCUGAUGGAAAUAUUAGGGAAGAUUUUAAGUUAUAUUCAAUUCCUUAGAUAGAUGAGUAAAUUAUGAAUAUGAAAAGUAAAAUGAAAGAGGGCAAUAAUGACUAAAAUAUUACUCUCGGGUAAUUUAAAGAAUAACCAGAAUUUAUAGUAAGUGUUAAUUAGAGUGAUGAUGUUUUGUAAUGA